CCCACGCGAGCGGCUGUGUGGGAGAAUAUAGCGUAUAGUGGAAGCCUUUUCCGAUCUCCCGACGGAUCUACACGCCUGUGCAGUUAGAAAUAAUUAGACAUAAAAAAUAAAAAACAUGGGUUUAUUUGUGUAAGAAAACUAAAGUUAAGUGUAAGUUAAAAAUAAAAAUGGCGGCUGCCAUGAUAAAGGACCGUGGGCUACGAAAGAAAUUAACCCAGGAAGCCAUACCCGAGAAAACACCUAAAAAACCUUCGAAGCGUAAAUCAACGCCGAGUAGUUCUAAGAACGACAAGAAAAACGAACAAAAUAAUAAUAAAAGGCCAAAAAUACAGACGGGUGAUCCAAAAGUCGACUUGUUUUCUACCUACCAGCCGUGGGUGAUCCAGACAUAUGGAGAUUUGGCAAAAACAAAAACGAUAACGUUAAAAAAGUACGCUAGAAUUCUUCGAACCCUGCGCGGCGAAGAAUGUAACAGUUCAGAUAGUUCCAAGUUUCGUUUUUGGGUAAAGGCCAAGGGUUUUCAUGUGGGUAGGCCGACGGGAUACGAUGCGAAACCUGCCGACGGCAUAGUUUGCAGAUACAGCGUCGCUGAUGCAGAAGGUUGCGCCCGUGGACCGGAUGGUCAGGAAAUAUAUACAGGAUCUCAAAAUGAUCCUCCGUUAUAUAUACCGACUCCUCCUUUAAAGAACGCGCCCAACCAAGAACCAGUGUAUCGGAAGGUGGCGAUAGUAGAAAACUUUUUUGACAUAAUCUACACCGUUCAUGUUGAGUUGGAAGGAAGGCCAGGCAAACAUGCAGGACAGAAGCGAACAUACAGAACUAUUACGGAGACGUACGCGUUUCUCCCUCGAGAAGCGGUCACGCGUUUCCUGACCGGAUGUGCGGAGUGUGCACGGCGCCCGCGCAGUGCUUCUCCUCCACCUCUCCCGACACCCUCACCCUCGCCUACAAGACACCCCACCUACCUGCCAUUUCUACCCCACUGCGCGCCGGACUAUACUAGAAAUUGGGAAUCCGAAAUCGAUGCGGCACAAAAUUACUCAUUUGAACCAAAAUUCGAUUACACUGAUCUACAACCUCUCAAGAAAGUUGAAAGUCCUAAGGCCCCCGAAGAAGAAGAACCAACGUAUAUAGAGUUAACUUCAAAGAAAAGCAAUGGAUUUGAUGCAACCACACUUUUUAAUAGAAGUUCCUCUGUUGAACCCUUCAGAGAAGAAGAACCAGUAAGAACUGACCCUGAAAUAGAUAAAGAUGAUAGCGUCAUCGAUGUUGAAGAUGUCAGAUCUGACAGUCCACCUCCUUUUAUCCAUCAGAAGAAAGAAGAAUUAAAUAAGAGAGAAGAAGUGCAGACCGAAAAUACCAGGGCGGCAGAAGAUAGUGAAGUUGAUAAUACGGAUAGCAAAAGAGAAAAGAAAUACAAUCCGUUGGACGUGGCAAAUUUAACGUCAAAGGAUCCACCGAAGUCGAGGUCGCCACCUCGAAAAAAGUUGUUACCAUCGAGUAUUGACUAUCUCCAUUCCUAUGGGAGGCUACCAAAACCGUGGAGGCCUGACGGCGGUGUGUUUUAUGGGGGCGAUGAUAUGGACUACAGCGUGCCAAUUACCACAGCAUAUUUGAAGCAUAUGCGCAGCAUGGGGUGUCAUGAUCGCAUGGACUUGGACAAUAAGGAUAAUCUAACUCCAGAACCGGCUGAUAUGAACGAUGAUGACAACUAUUCUAGUCAUGGCUACGCGAAAGACGCUGAGAAGUUGAAAAUGAUGUUGCUGGCAUGGAAUUAUCACAGCCAGGCGCAAGGCCGUAACGGUGACAUGACAGAGAGCGGCGCAGACAGCAUGGCUGAUCUAUGGGCAUCCUAUCACAGCGCCCUGGGCCUGGGCAGUAAGCCCCCCAAACCGCCUACCCCUCUCGCUACCGGACACUCGAGUCCAAUCCACAUUGGGUCAGCAACACCUAUGGAACCAGCAUCUACACACGAUGAGACUUCAUCAUCAGAUCGGACAAAAGACGAUGACGACGGCGGAGCAUCGGACGAUGACAGUGAUGAUAGAGUUGAUCCUCAACACCAUGACCCGGAACGACUAAAAGCGUUUAAUAUGUUCGUCCGUCUCUUCGUCGACGAGAAUUUAGACAGAAUAGUUCCUAUUUCAAAACAGCCAAAGGAGAAAAUUCAGGCUAUAAUAGACUCUUGCACCCGACAAUUUCCGGAGUUCGCCGAACGUGCCCGAAAGCGCAUAAGGACGUAUUUAAAGAGUUGUAGGCGGAAUAAGAAGGUGCGAGGUGACGGACCUACAACUGGCAACGGGGGAAGCACUCCGUCUGGCAAUGCCUGGGAUACCGCGGUACGUCCAACUCCCGCGCACCUGACGUCGGUACAGGCGGAGCACAUCCUGGCGCAGGCGUGCGAGAACGAGAGCCUGAACGCGAAGCGCAUGCGUCUCGGACUAGACCCUGUAAGCCAGCCAAUGCCCACUGUGCCUACGCCUAUGGCAAUAGACACAACAGCGACGUCUGCAGUGGCGUCGUCGUUCCUGAGCCUGUACAGCGGCGCCAUGAGCAGCCCCGCCACGUCGGUGACGAGCUCGGCCAACACGACGCUGGCGAGCGCGCACAGCAAGGCGCCGGCCGACACCACGCGCCCGUCCGCCAGCCCCACGCUCGAGAACACGCUGCUCAACAACAACAGCCUGAAGCUGGACAAUGCCAAUGGGAAUACUGGCAGCAAGACGGCCAGUCCUGCGUCAUCCCCAGCACCAUUAUUCAGACCUACGUUUCCGAACACAUUCGGGAACCCGCCAACGUUUGGGAGACAGAGCUCAAACACCAAUCCAACAUCAGCACUUUCCAGUACUGCUCUUCUUUCGACACUGACUGCUCUUCCACCCACUGGUGUUGGAGUAAACGCUGCAAUGGCCGCUUACCAAAGCGCCUUGUUAUCCGCAAUGGCUGCGCACACUCAUACAUUCCCAAAUUUGACGGCUCCAACAGAUCUGUCGCUGAAAACAUCCGUAUCCACGCCCUUACACGCGACAUCCACUUCAUCAUCUCUCUCAGGAUCAGGAUCGCAGAAGUCACUUCUCUCCCACAAGCUAUCCGGCGCAGAAGUGGGAGCUGUACGACAACUGAUCACAGGAUAUCGUGAAUCUGCUGCGUUUCUUCUUCGAUCAGCUGACGAGUUAGAGGCUCUACUUUUAAACCAACCCUAGGACACACCUAAAACGUUUUCGGAUUUAUUCGGAUUCAAAUUCGGAUAUUUCUGAACGGACAUAAUGUGCAAUGUGCGGAUAAAUUAUUUUAACGAACUAUUUCAAGUGAUUUCGGCGGUUAUUUAUCUGUUUGAAUAGACAACUUUCUAGACCAUAAGCAAAAUGAAAUCAGCUAUUGUGUCAAAGUUAAAUUAAAUAUCUGUGGUCGUAUCGAAGUGAAACAAUGUAAAUCCUAAGAUAUGGAUUUGAAAAUUGUAUUGCAUUGCAACUUUCGCGCCCAUCACGAAAAUAUUAUCAUAUUAUUGUACGAUUUUAAUUGUUAUUCUAUUAACAAUAAUAUUAUAUGAAUAUGAAUUGCGUCAAUGUUUGAGAUACGUUAAUAGAAUGGCAUCUGCAAUCGUCUUAAAUAGUAUAAAAUGACUUUAUUGUGUUGUUAUGACGUUCGUCUAUGGGACAUUGAAUACGAAUUGUUUACUAAAAAAUUUUUAAUGAGUAGAUUCCAAAUUAGGAUUCUAUUUUUUCUUCAUUGUAUCUCAGAACAUUUUAGAUAUUAUUAUAAUUACUUUUUAAAAUUUAGUAUAAAAAAAGUUUUUAAAUAUUUGUUCUUUUUUCAAAUGUAAUGAUUUUUUUAAAAUAAAUUCCUUAAAUUGACGCUAAGAAAAAAAUGAAUUGAAUGUUAAGUAAGUACUAUAUUAUUAUCUCGUCCUUCGCGCGACCUGACGCAGGUCCAAAAAUAUAAAUUAAUAUGAAUUAUCUGGAUUUAAAGUUAAUUUAAAACUUAUUCGAUUGCUUAAGCGUCCUAUUCGAUCUUGUUGUUCUAAAAUAAUAUAGAUAAAUCAUUCUUUAUCAUUCAUAAUUAAUUUCCACUUAGAUUUACGAGUUUUGACAAAAAAAAAAUCACUAUUCGGCGUUCGUACAAAGCUGCCAUAUUGUAAAAAGUGUUGCCAUUCUAAACUCGUCGAAGAGUACAAAAUUAUUUUGUGUAUAUUUAGAUGUAAGAAAAAAAUCAGGGAGUUUUUAGCGUAAGGUCGAAAAUUUUCUUGCCUGGUGCGAUAGUUUAGUGUUUAAAAAAGUAAAUAGCGGGCAGCUGGAUAUAUAUUUGAAAUUAAAUAAUCUCGGUGAUCGAAAUACAACAUUUCUCUUUAAUAAUAAGUUUUAGUGUAACAGAGUCUAAAGUUAGAUUUUAAAUGGCAUUCUAGAUUUAAGAAGCACGAAUUUAUUUGUUGUUUUGUAUUAUACUAAUAGUUCUGUAGUAUUUACAAACGAUUAAUAUAUUUCUUAUAUAUCUAUAUAUAAAAUUAUUCAAAACACUGUAUCGUGAUUGGCUCCAUCCAAAAUUAUUAUUUUUAUAGCAUUUCCUUAUUGCAACACUGAUUUUUAUUUUUAGUUUUAAUUUUUUUUAUUAUCUAAGACACUGUUUAUGUUAUGGUGUUGCUAGUUGUAAUUUAUUAAAUAUGCCAAUGUUUUCGCUUUGCUCAGUACAAUAAACAAUAUUUUGAUCUAGUAUAUCUACUUGUUACCAUAGAUUAUAUGGCCAGGUACUUUAGGUAGGUUUAAAGUUAGAUAUUGCUUACAGUGUACAAAAUAAGGUUUAACAUUUUAUUGUUAAAACAAAAAACAAAAAUAUCAGACCUCUUUCUCGGUGAAAAAAAAAACGAUUUUGGGCCUAAAAUUUUGUUUAAAUUCUGAGAUACCUCGUAA